AUGUCGCCCUCCACUUCUUCUUCUUUUUCUUCCUACUCCUCUUCCUCUUCACCCUUGGAACCUCAACACGCGCUCCAUUCUGAUCCUAAAAGCCUGGUCGACUCUGGUCAUCAGGAGGAUGGAUUCAAGAAGGAGAGCAUGGAUCGACAGACCACCAAGCCACUCGAUCUUGACUCAUAUUUCAAUGAUCUUGCUGAUCAGAGCUCUGCGAGGACCAAGAGGUCUAAGCCCUCUUUCUCCAUUGCCCGUCCGGCCAGAAGGGCUUUACGAUUGAAGGGGGUCCCUAAAUCGCGACGAAGGAACACCACUCUCACUGUACCCCCAAGCAGAGAUGAAGGUGUGGAAUAUGACGAUGACGACGACGACGACGAUGAUGAUGAUGAUGCUGAAUGGGUGCGGGAGAGAUGGAAUCGACUGAUGGAUCGCCAACGAUUGGCUGAAGCCGAUGUUCGCAGAACGAUCCUCAACAGGGACCGAUUGGGGCCAUCGGAGCUAUCCAGGUGGCUCGAUUCUGAUGAUACUUGCACCCUGCCCUUGCCCACCCUCGGCGUCCAGUUACGAAUGGAGAAAAAUGACUAG